GACGAGAUAGAGCAAGAGAAGGAAGACAUUACAAUCACAAACAAUAGUACCAGUGAAAAAGAGUUUCCACUAAAGCUAAAAAAUAAUUCAGUCGAAAAUUUAGCAACAGUUCCGUCGGUUUCUCCUCCAUCAAGUUCAUCAUCUGGUUCACUGUACCAGGAUACGGUGCUUGAUCCGUCUUUCUACUCAGCCCAUAUGCCUCGUCCAGACAGCAAUGAUAGCUCGUGGGAAAACUUCAUAGAAAUUUCUUCAGAAACAUCGAAACUACAAGAGCUGGUCGAUAACAUAGAUAGCAAAACCACCGAGCCAAAUCAGUGUUUGGUAUGUAAAAAAGUACUCUCCUGCCGAAGUGCACUUCAAAUGCAUUAUCGAGUUCACACCGGCGAACGACCAUUCCGAUGUAAAAUUUGUGGACGAUCGUUCACAACAAAGGGCAACUUGAAAACACAUAUGAGUGUUCACAGGAUAAAACCUCCUAUGAGGACAUUGCACCAGUGUCCAGUGUGUCAUCAAAAGUUCUCCAACAUAUUUGUCCUACAGCAGCAUAUUCGUUUGCAUACUGGAGAAAUGACGGAUCUAACACCUGAUCAAAUCAAAGCAGCAGAAAUCAAAGAAUACGAAGGACCCGAUGUACGACUGAAUCCGUUUGGGGUGAGACUAAACGAUUUCCCUCCAAGUAAUCAAAAUAAAAGGAGUUUGGAGCACUCCGACGAAGAGAAUGAGCAUGAUAUGAAUGAUGAAAAAUCUCAUAAACCACCAGUGAACGAAAAACUUAAAGUAAGGCCAGGACUUACUUCUCCAGCCAUAGAGAACCAGGUCGAAGAUCUACGUGCAAUGAAUCUACAGCGAUUGUCUGUCCGGUCACUACCAAACGAAGAAUUUUCUCGAGAUUCCGCUUCUGCCAGUCCUAACUCUACAGACGCCAAACGUUUGCGAUCAUCCAGUCCAAUGGGUUCUAUUUCUUCAGCGAUAUCGACGAGAUCCCCGAUGUCUACGCCUCCAACUUCCGGAGGAGAACAGAUUGGAGUUGGCGCUGCCGGUAGGGCGGCGGCAGCAGCUGCAGCGGCUGCUGCAUUCCCGUAUGGACCACCGUUCUUAGGAAUGCCUCAAUUUCCGCCAUUCAUAAGUAGACCACCGUUCCUUGGGAAUGUACCAAUAGUGCCACCUGGUGCAAAUAUGCCCCCAUUCGGCUUGUUCGGCGUACGUGGAAACACAACAACUUGUAAUAUUUGCUUUAAAACUUUCGCAUGUAAUUCCGCGCUUGAAAUUCAUUAUCGAAGCCAUACGAAGGAGCGCCCAUUCAAAUGCACAAUCUGCGAUCGAGGAUUCUCUACAAAGGGAAAUAUGAAGCAGCACAUGCUCACUCACAAGAUCCGUGAUAUGUUUGGCAGCUCGGGAGGCAAUUCCGGAGAUGAGUCACGCACACAGACUCCACCGCAAGAUCCAAAUUCAAAUUCCGGCGGUGGAGCUACAGGAGGAGGAUCAAGCAAUGGCAAUAACCGAUUCUCACAGUCAUAUUCCCCUGCCUCUAUGGAUAUGAAUGACGACUUUUCCCCAUCAGGUGGAAGCAAAAGAGAACGUUCCAACUCUAGCAAUUUUGAUACUGCUACGGCACAGUUCGUCAAACACGAGAAAGACAAUGCCAUUGACGAGAACGGCUCUAAUAGCUUACACUCCAAUACAUCGGAGAAUCACUCGUCUAAUAAUAACUAUCAAGAGUUUAUCAAUAAAGAUGUGGACAUCAAAAACUGGUGCCAAAAGCUUAAGGAAAUGCCAGAAAAUAUUGUCGCAAGUUGAUAAUUCCAUGCAAGCAAUCGUUCAACUCCCGAUCAGAAUAUCUCCGUACAGCUCUAAUUAGCUGAAGUUGCUAAUGUGAUAAAAACAUGGUAUGUGGAAAACUAUGAUGAUAUGUCUUAAAAGCAUCCAUAAAACAACCACUGCGGGAUAUUUCAAAACAAGAAUUUAACUUCUGACAGGCAGUACAGGAAAAGGAACUAGUAAUCAAAUGUGCGAUCUCAGAUACAAUCCCUAACUUCGUUCUAUUGAUGAAGGAAACCGAAUUUGUAUUUUAGAAAUGAAAAUGUCUAUUUUUGUAAAAAAUGUAACAUAUCAACCCUGGUUGAACAUCUGAACUAGUGGAAUGUUUUAACGCAAAACUAUAAAUCAAAUAAUAUGAGAGCCAUGAACGCACUACAGUGUUUGGCGAAAAAGGUAUUCGUGACGAGACAGAAUUGCUAGUAUCCUUGUACACUUGGUAAGAUAAAUCGAAAAAAAAAAAACGAAUCAUGAGAAUGCUAUGAACCAAUGAUAUGGAUUUAUUGAAUCCAAGAAAGAAUAAUACACAGAGACUGUAAAAUCCGUGUUAUGUUGACGUGAUCUUAGAUUCAAAAGCAAAACAAGCAAAAGACCGAUAGAUAAGAAACAACUGAAAGUUUGUUUUUGUUUAACUAAUGCCUAUUUUAAUACCGAACGGAAAUAGGAAAAAUUGUUUUUGUAUAGAAAUUAUAUCGUAGCUAUCGCCUGGGCUUAGGAGCUCAUUCAAAAGUACUGUAUGUGAGUGUGUCACUGUAUGUAUGUACCUACAAAUAUUAUAAUAUAGUAAUAUAUUAUGCUUUAUGAAAGUCUAAAUCAAAUAUCUAUUUAACGUAAGUUAUACAACAAACCUGAAAUGAUAUUUGUAAAUGUAUAGCUAUCGAAAAAAUACAAAUCGUAGAAAAUGAACGGUGACAAAUUAACGUGGAAAGUAACAUUCGGACAGACUUCAGAACUUCUAUUUGACGAAGAUUUGAUAACAAAAAUCAAAGCCAGGCAUACCAUGUUCAUUUAUUUAUAUCCUUACUGUAAUAUUUUCAUUGACAAUAGUACAGAGACUAAAGAUUGUAUAUAGAGUUGAGGUCAAACAUCCUAACUUUUUUAAAUUGUCGUGAAGUAAAUUACAUUUUGUUCAUCUUAACAUUUUUGGACAGGAUACCAGAAGCAUAAAAAUGUAAUUUAACAACUUUUUGUGAUAAUUUAUGUUAUGAAAAUUUAUACUUAAGGUAUUUAUAUUCUAUUUUAUGAUACUGUUUUUAUUGAAAACUAUGUACAGCAGUGGAAAAGAAAACGACAAAAUAAUACACAUCCAAGAAAAAUAAUAA